GCAGGAGCACCGUUCGCGAGCCGCGCCGGCGCCACUGCCGCCGAGGAGCCGGAGGCCUCGGGCUUUGGCGCUGCCGUCGCCGCCGCGUUCGUCGGCGCACACGCUGGGCUUGCGGCGGCCAUCUACGGCCGCACCGCCAGGACACGAGGGCGGAGGGCAAGUACACGGAGUCCGCCGUCGACGCCAAGCUCUUCGAGCAGGUGUACCUGGACUAUACCACCGAGUACCUCAAGGGCCCCAUGUACGCCCACCGGGAGAAGGCGCAGGGCGCACGUCCAGACUACCCCGGCAACCCGCUCUACAAGAACGGCAAGAUGACGAGCAACGUCACCGGCAACCUGAAGACGUUCAGCUCCAACGAGCUCAUGUACCUCUCCAUGCUGUUCUUCGGCAUCGGUCUGUAUGGCAACCUCCAGUUCCUGUAUUUUGACCCGCAGUUCCCGAGGGUGGACUCAGGCCUCAACUUCAACGUCUCCUACAUCGUGGAGAGUCACUUUUCUUGCCGAUGUCCUUCUUCUUCCACAUCGCGUGCUACAUUCAGAGGAAGAACGGCAAGUGAGCCGCGCUCGGUGCUCCUCACCUGUCUCCUCAUGCCUCUCUCCAUUCAUCCUUAACCUCUCUUCGACCUCUCCUCGUUCUCCUGGCUUUGGUAGCGCGCCCCGAUGGCGCGCACCAGUCUCGCCGCCCUUCCCGUGGACCACCCGGCGCCCAGCGCUGGGCUGGCAUCCCGUGGUGCACACGCCCCCUCCCCGGACACUGCGGCGGCCGCUCUUGCUGGGUGCUUUCGACGCCGCCAGUCCUCAGGAGGGAAAAAAACACAGACACAAUUAAUCUUGUUGUUGCUGUUGUCCAGCGAGCGCCCCGGCGCGGAGCGCGCCGGCGGUGCGCGCCCGAGCCUGCCCGAGCGGUGCCGCGUGCUUGCCGCCCGCGCUGUGCACUGCGAGCCGGCGGGGAGAUCGGCCAUCGGCCCCCCCCCCCUUACUCCUCCUCC